UCGAUUAGUUAGUAUGUUAAUCAAUAGAAUUAUUAAAAAUGGUAAAAAAUCCCUUGCACAAAGAAUUACAUAUACAGCCAUGGAUUUGAUUCAAGAUAAAACUCAUGCCAAUGCUAUUAAAAUUUUGGAAAAAGCUGUAAAAAAUGUUACUCCUUUAGUAGAAGUAAAGGGCAGACGUAUUGGAGGUUCAACAUAUCAAGUUCCUAUUGAAGUAAAAACCUAUAGAGGUACUAAUUUAGCCUUAAGAUGGCUAAUAAAUGCAGCAAAAAAAAGAACAGGAACAAAUAUAAUAGUCAAACUCUCUAAUGAGAUUAUUGAUGCUUCGAAUUAUACUGGUAAUGCUAUUCGUAAAAAAGAAGAAGUUCAUAAAAUGGCUGAAGCAAACAGAGCUUUUGCCCACUAUCGUUAUUAACAACAAUUAAAAUUUUUUAAUAUUAA